AUGCACGGAACAGAUGAUGGAAGAACAGGAGUGUAUCUCGCGUACCAGGAUAUGAAGCGGCAGGCCAACGAUACAAAAGUAUUGAAAUUACCGCAAAUCAAUAAUCCGAUUGAAAACUACAGCGGAAGAACGCCGUCACGAACUUUUCAGGUUUGCUAUGCUGUCGGAGGAUUUUCCUUUGCCAUCGCAGCGGAAAACCGUGGAAGAUUUUCGUGCGUCCGUUUCCCGGUCUCGUCACAGUGUUUACGCCCCACAUUUCUUAUAGGUGUUCUGUCGCGGGGCGAGGUCCAAAUUUUCGAUGUUACGUUCAAUUUGAUCGAGGUUUGA